UCCACGAAUCGGUGGAUUCCGGUGAAAGGAAAAACUUUGGAAGCCGGGAUGCCGCGUGUUCAUUUCCUCUCCAACCGAAAAUUCCCCUCAAAGAUUUUCGAUCCUCCGCUCAAAAAUUCCUCGCCAAGUCUUCUCGGCAAAGAAUUUAUUAAAUUGGAAUUAAUAUUCUCGAUGCAUUUGGCACGAAUGAAAAAGAGAAAUUGAAUUGUUUCUUAUUAUUUCCCGCCUCGAUAUAUUUACGAAACGUACGAGAAGUUUGAACUUUUUUCUUUUCUUUUUUUUAAUCCUGGCACAUCAGGAUCUUGAUGCGUAAUAUUUAUUUUUGCGAUUAUGUGUUAUGAUAUAAUAACAUUGGAAAUAUAAAAUUUGGAUCUACUUUUAAUAAAGUAUUGCAAAAAAAGUAUUCUUUGGGUAUCUUUUAAUUCUACACGAAUUUUAUUACGAUACUUGUCGAUUGCGAGAAGAAAGAAAGUACGGAUAUCCGAUUGUCCGCACGAAAGUCGAAUAUUUUGGAUAUUUUAGAUAUUUUAGAUAUUCAAAAUUACAUCAAAUUAGUCGAGAAGAACAAAUGUAUUGUAUUAAACACAAUUAUGCAACAUAUGUGCAGUCUUUGACAUUCAUUCAUCUCGCAGAAGAUGCAGUUGAAUAUCUUGACGUAAGAAUAAUUGUAAAUUGCCAUUGUGUACAGCAGUUGUGUGCCAUUGUGUGCCGUUUCCUUUGUUAAUAAACCGCUAUUGAUCAGAAUCGUAUAAAUACUUGGCGUUUUUCUGCCAGAACGUGUAGUAUUCCGAAAGUCGUAUUACAAACCAAUCGCAAAAAUGCAGUUGAAAGUAUUGUUCUUCUUUCUCUUUGUUGCCACCAUCUCCUACGCUAUCGCUGACAGUAGCUCCAGCGAAUCGAAGGAAACAGCAGUAGAUGCACUUAAGAACAUAGGCAAAUCUGCUGACAACAUAAUAAAACAAUUCGGGAAAGGAUUUUCAGCCGUGGCAAAAGGUAACUUGGGCACUGUCAAUUUGACCAAGGUGCUCAAAUCGGCGGAAGAACGAUUGAAAUUGCCGAAUCUCGCGAAAUAUUCGAAGGAGGUCAAAUCACAGAUCGUCGCGGCUCGAGAUCAAGUUGCAAACGCGUUGCUGGAAGGUUCAUCCGACGUAUUAGCCGUUCUCAAGGAUGCCAUACAAUUAGCUCUCCGCAGCACAGCACCUAUCGAAAGUUUGGUGGAGACCUUCGACACCAUUAAGGACGUGUAUUUCGAAAUAGCGAUAAAUAAUUCAGUUACCGUUGGUCUGAGCGUACUCGAAGACGGUGUUCUGAUAUGUCAAGCCAUGGUCGAAAGUAUGAAGGCAGCUUUGAAGGCGUAAAAAAAAAAAAAAGAAAAAGAAGAAAAAAAGAAAGAAAACGAUAACGAGACUCUGACGAAAAAUUGUAAUUGUAUUUUUUCUCGAUCGAAAAUUUAACUGUGAAUAUGGAUAUUAGUUGAUUAAAAAGGUAUCAUGUGAAAAAAAAA